AUGCAUGCAGUACAGCAUUUCAGUCCCCAAGACGAUGACGUGCAAGAGCGACCAGCCAAACGACGAGCACGAAGCGCCGUUGCUUGCCAGCGAUGCAAAGGACGCAAACAACGCUGCGACAAUGAAUUUCCAUCUUGUUCCAACUGCCUCUCUGCUGGUGAGCCUUGCUCCUACGGCGUGAAGCAAGUGUACCCGUCAGAGUAUGUGAGGUCGCUGGAGAACCACAUUGCUCACCUCGAGCAAUCACUGACCACCGUCGAUCCCAAAUUGGCAGCAGACCAUCUCGCCAACAUGAACGAGGCAGCAGCUGCCAGAUCCUCAAGGGUGUCUGUCGAGCCGCGAGGCCCCGAUGACAGGGAGGAGAACUCGGAACCGAGCCUGGAACUGGGAGUGGGCUUCGUCGCGCUGUCGCCAAACUCUUAUCUGGGCACAUCCAGUGGAUUUCAGCUGGCUAAGCUCGUCAAAUCCGCAAUGAAUGUGCCAAAUCUGGGAUCGAAUGCACGAGACCUAUGUCCUCGGCCAGAGCAUCUUGCUACCUCUGAGGAUUCGAGGCAGCCGCCGGCAUCCGAGAAUGCUGUUUUCGCCGAGAUGCCCGCGGACGAAAUGGGAGAGGAACUCACCAGCACUUAUCUACUCAAGGUGUACCCCAAGCACCCGUUCUUGUCCAAGAAGAGGGUUCAUGCCCUGAACAGAGAUCGCGCAAGUCUGAUGUCUGCUCAUCAAUCGCAGUCAAAAGAGGCCCGGUCUAGACGACUUGAUUAUGCAAUUUUACAUCUGGUUUAUGCCAUUGGGGCCAGGUAUCUGCAGUUGGCCGAUGACAAUUCCUAUCCGUCGCCCGAGUCUCAUUACGCCGCUGCCCUGACAGAGAUUGACAUAAUCUCAGAUGUGCGAAGCCUGGAGAACCUGGAGGCUAUGCUUCUACUGUCUAUCUACCAGUUGAGAUCGCCCACUGGUCCGGGUGUAUGGUGGAUGAUAGGCACAACAAUGCGACAUUGCCUCGACUGUGGUCUACAUCGGAAAACCAACAAUCUAUCCAACCUGGUCGACCAACGGCGCAAGCGCAUAUUCUGGACCGCCUACAUGUUGGAAAGGUCUGUCGCCAGGACUGUCGGCCGUCCAUACUCGGUUUCGGACAGGGAUAUCGACGUCGCCUUGCCAGCAAACAUUGAAGACUCGUACGAAUCGGAGGAAGAGAUCACGGCCGCCAUUGCUCAGUCGUUGGCCCAUCCACACGGCAUCACCUCCUUGACACCAGCCAUCCACAUUAUCAGGAUCCAGCAGCUCGAAUCCAAAAUUUGCCACACCGUUUGUCGGGUGGAUAAGCCGGUGUCCGAAAUCAAUCCACACAAGAUCGCCAAACUUCGUAAUGCCCUCGAGGAGUGGAAGGCUGCCAUCCCGUACGUCUCCCAUCCCGAAAAGGAAGGGAAGCUCCCUUACAGCACCACCGACUACCACAUGAUACAGUACCACAAGGCAUUAGUGCUUCUAUUCCUGCCUUUACUUCCGUCCCUGUCUCCAUCACAUCCGGACUUUCGCCUGUUCGCCUACUCGGCUGGGCAAAUUUGUCAGAUGUACAAAAGACUACACAAUAACCAGUCGUAUAUUUCGUUCUCGCUGCUCGCCCUGCACGCCAACUUUGUCGCGGGCCUCGCGCUGGUGUACUGCUUCUGUCUUGACCCGACACUCUUUGAUGCGAACUUUAGCAGCGACAUCCGCGCCUGCAGCACCAUGCUGUACGCCAUCUCUGAACGGUGGCCUGCGGCUCGUAAAGUUCGCAACGCCUUUGAAAGUCUCGUCUCGGCCACGAUCGAGGGGAACCACGGCCCCUUUUCGGCGUCGACGUCGGUAUCUGGCCGGACGAGCCGGAUCUCUGGGAGAAUCACUCAGGGACAGCAUGCGGCGGUUGUAGGAGGGGAGUCGCUUCUAGGACACAAUGGGGACAACAAUAACAACGACGGCAACCGAUACGCUGAAAACAGAGUUCAGGACAGUGUAUGGAACAGCUUUGAGACGGUGCUGGAGGAUUAUCAGAUCAACGAGACGUGGAUGUACGAUGGCAUCAUUCAAGCCAUGGACACGUUUCCCAUGGACGGCUGGACCAUGUGGGGAGACUUUUGA